GCGUCAACAGGAGCAGCAGCAGCAGCAGCAGUCGACACCAUGUGCAGGACACUUCGCGCAUCACCAAUACCAUGGCAUUGCGAGUCGAAGAGCGCUGGCUGUGGCUCGGCCUGGGCGUCUUCGUCGUCGCCGCCGCCGCCAAGGGCAUCCACCACGCCCUGACCGAUAUGGUGCGCUUCACCGAGCUCGAUCCGGCACAGUUCCCCGCCGACGACCACCAUCGCCACCAUGGCAAGCAUCCCGACGAAUGCGUCGACCUGCGGACCCUUCGAACGCUCUGCAUGUCGCCCAACCCGUCCAUCGCAGCAGCAGCGCAAUCUCUGGUCAUGCGCCGGUUUGCCGCCCUUCCAAACGCAGCAGAAAUACUCACACGAGACCGCGAAUCCGAAGACCCCGACACCAGCCGAAAAGCGGUGCAGGCUAUCAAAUACCUCCGUGACUACGAUAUGGAGUUUGGCAUUUCCAUGCCCCCCCACAUGAGUCUUGAUGAUACCAUGGACUUUCUGAAUACUAUGAACCAUGAUCCCGAUGUUGCGGUCGACGAGGUCACCUACAGGGAUGAAAAUGGAGAGUCCACCGUCAUGCACGGGACCGAUUGGGAUAGUAUGGCCCGAGAGCUCAACAGACGGCAACAUGCUUUUGAUGCCGACCGAGGUUUUGAUGUUGUCGCGAGGCUCGAGGAGCUCAGUGAGGAGAUCGCAAGGACAGAGAGGAAUACGGGACUUCUGCAAGCUAGAAUUGGGUGGGAUGGAUCUUCAGCCUCUCGAGAGCCAUUUGCCAUCACGGGUGGCGGGCGCGAUGAAAGGCGAAGGAGACACAGAGAAGUCAUGGUACUGCACGAAGGCAAUGGCAGAAUUGAAGAGGAGGAUAUCAUCUCUCCGUCAUCCCUUCGAAGGCUGUGAGAGCACAUCUAAGGCUUCGUCUAAGGCGACAGCAGUAUUCCGUAGGCGCUGCUUGCUAUUUUCUCCAAUCAUUGGGACAUUAAACCGCAGCAGGGUGAGUUCGGAUGGGCACGAUCCUCCAGAUUUAGCGAAGUUACCAGUGGUCCUGUUGCAGGAUUACUGUCAUCGGCUGUGUGUACACAUAUAUAUGUAUAUAUAGUAACAUUCCAAUGAGCGUUAUGGGGGCAUGGCC